UUAUCCUUACUUUCUCUGAAAAGGACACUUCCCCCUGUAAGCUGUUACUAUGAAUGCGAUUAUUUAAUACAUGAAUUUUGCCAAGAAUUCUCCAGUGACUAGCCCUCCGUUGUUAGGCAGUGUAGCGCUGGCAUUGUUAAAUGGGUCCACACUUGAUUUCAUUUAUGAAUAUUUGCUUGGGUUCAGGUGGAUUGUAUUCAGUGGUUUCACUUUUGUAUAUGACUAUAGAAAACUUAGAAAGGUCUGAAAACCUUUUUAAUCUUAAAUGGGUUAGGAAGCCCUACCUGCCUUAAUUUUAGGAAUAUAUAAUUUAUGUCCUCACUGAGCUCGUAAGCUCUUUCAUACCUCGCUUCUCUUGAGGUUCGGUUUACUUCUCAUCACCACAGCCAAGAACCAGGAAUUGAGUACCACUUCCACAGCUCCAAGAUAGACAACAAAGAUAUCCCAGUCUCUACAUCCUUCUCCUAGAAGAUCCUCAGAUCCUCUCCCAAGACUGAUUCAUUCUUUUGACACAGUUAUAAACUUUUCAGAUUUGCAGUUGACCAAGAUGCUGAGCAGGAGGAGGGAACAGGGAGGAGAGGCUUCCCCGUGAUUGGCCGCCCGGUUCUCACUUGAGCGCUCUCAGUCAAGCUGGGGCGGGUCACCUCUUACUGAGAAGGAGCCUCUGGGAGCAAACUCUUGACAGUGUCAUCAUUUCUUCGUGCUGCUGUAACAGAAAAUCCAUAAGUGGAUGGCUUUAAAAAACAGGUGCUGCCGCUCAGUAAAUGUAAUUUGAAGAAGGCAAGGAAGAGGAACCCAUGGCUUUAGCUGGCUGCCCAGAUUCCCUUUUGCACCAUCCGUACUACCAGGAUAAAGCCGAGCAGACUUCUCCUCACAGUCAAAGAGGUCUGGCAGAACCUGGGUUCCCAGCGCCGUCUAACCGACUUGCAAAUCACCAAGAGGAUGAUGUGGACUUGGAAGCGCUGGUGAACGACAUGAAUUCGUCCUUCGAGAGUCUGUACUCAGCCUGCAGCAUGCAGUCGGAGACGGUGCCUCUCCUUCAGAACGGCCAGCAUAUCCGCAGCCCACUGCCGACUUCAGGGAUGAGAGCCCUCCAGCCGCAGGUGCCCCAGCGGCAGAAGGUGCAGCGCUCACAACCUGUGCACAUCUUGGCUGUCAGGCGCCUUCAGGAAGAAGACCAGCAGUUUAGGACUUCGUCUCUGCCAGCAAUCCCCAACCCCUUUCCCGAGCUCUGCGGUGCUGGGAGCUCCCCUGUGCUCUCGCCAGGCUCCUUGCCUCCCAGCCAGUCGGCGGCUAAGCAGGAUGUUAAAGUCUUUAGUGAAGAUGGGACGUGCAAAGUGGUGGAGAUUCUCGCAGACAUGACAGCCAGGGACCUGUGCCAGUUGCUGGUUUACAAAAGUCACUGUGUGGAUGACAACAGCUGGACGCUGGUGGAGCACCACCCGCACCUAGGAUUAGAAAGGUGCUUGGAGGACCACGAGCUGGUAGUCCAGGUGGAGAGCACCAUGGGAAGUGAAAGUAAAUUUUUAUUCAGGAAGAAUUAUGCAAAGUAUGAGUUUUUUAAAAACCCUAUGAAUUUCUUCCCGGAACAGAUGGUUACUUGGUGUCAGCAGUCAAACGGCAGUAUUCCUCAGACCCAGCUUUUGCAGAAUUUUUUAAACUCCAGCAGUUGUCCUGAAAUUCAAGGGUUUUUGCAUGUGAAAGAGCUGGGAAGGAAGUCUUGGAAAAAGCUAUACGUGUGUUUGCGAAGAUCGGGACUUUAUUGCUCCACAAAAGGAACUUCAAAGGAGCCCAGACACUUGCAGUUGCUGGCUGACCUGGAAGACAGCAACAUCUUCUCCCUGAUCGCUGGCAAAAAGCAGUACAGCGCUCCCACCGACCAUGGGUUCUGUAUAAAGCCAAACAAAGUAAGGAACGAAACUAAAGAGCUGAGGUUGCUCUGUGCAGAAGAUGAGCAGAGCAGGACCUGCUGGAUGACGGCGUUCAGACUCCUCAAGUAUGGAAUGCUUCUGUACCAGAAUUACAGGAUCCCUCAGCAGAGGAAAACCUUGCUCUCUCCCUUCUCAACUCCAGUGCGCAGUGUCUCUGAGAACUCCCUCGUGGCUAUGGAUUUUUCUGGGCAAACAGGAAGAGUGAUCGAGAAUCCAGCUGAAGCCCAGAGUGCAGCCCUGGAAGAAGGCCACGCCUGGAGGAAGCGAAGCACACGGAUGAAUAUCCUAGGUAGCCAAAGUCCCCUCCACCCUUCUACCCUAAGUACAGUGAUUCAUAGGACACAACACUGGUUUCACGGCAGGAUCUCUAGGGAGGAGUCACACAGGAUUAUUAAACAGCAAGGACUUGUGGAUGGGCUUUUUCUCCUCCGUGACAGCCAGAGUAAUCCAAAGGCAUUUGUACUCACACUGUGUCAUCACCAGAAAAUAAAAAAUUUCCAGAUCUUACCUUGUGAGGAUGACGGACAGAUGUUCUUCAGCCUUGACGAUGGGAAUACCAAAUUCUCUGACCUGAUCCAGCUUGUAGACUUUUACCAACUCAACAAAGGAGUUCUGCCUUGCAAACUCAAGCACCACUGCAUCCGAGUGGCCUUAUGACCUCAGAUCUACUCUCGGCUGAAGACUGGAGGAAGUUACACUGGAAUGAAGAAGAGGUCUGUAGAUUGGUUGAGAACACAUAUCUAUUCUGCACCUUGGCACUCGGAGAGAGAUGGGUUUGUUCGGUGCCAUCCAACCAAGAUUGACUGGUUUGUUGGACUUAGCAGUGAUUUGCUGCUGAGAAGCCAGCAGGAUCGCCUCCCUCUGCAUUUGCCAAAUCAAAGAGGGUAUGAGAAAUCAAGCGCAAAUUUGAGAAUAAACUGGAAUGAACAUCUUGGCUGGGCCACUUAGGAACAAGAACCGAAGAGAAAUAAUUAGAAAUGGACUCUUGCCCUGGAAUAAUCUUGACAAUUAAAACUGAUAUGUUUACUUUUGUAUUGAUCACUUUUUUGCACUCCUUCUUUGUUUUCAAUAUUGUAUUCAGCCUAUGUUAGGAGGGGAUGUGGCUUUUCAGUUCAUAAAGGCAUGAAAACCGUUUUGAAUGGGCAGAAUUCAAAGACUGAAUAAUGGUCCCCAAACGUUUGCAGAGGGUGCUCCUCCCCUCUGCAGAUUACCACAGUGUGGAUUCAGCUCCCAAAUAACAAACCACCCCCACCCC